AUGCCUUCCUUCAAGACCGCCGUCACAUCGGCAGCGCUGGCCUACCUCACCAACGCUAAGACGAUCAAGAUCACCGCCACUAGCGACAACACUUUUGACCCUGACUCAAUUGACGCUGAUAAGAACGAUGUUCUUGAGUUCCACUUUGAGGCCAAGAACCACAGCGUCGUCGCUGGCGACUACCAGUACCCUUGCUCACCUUUAGAGCUCGGCACUGGCUUCUUCUCUGGCUUCGUCUCUACCGAUGAUGGCACCGCAGACGAGGUCUUCCAAGUCACUGUCAAUGAUACCGAGCCCAUCGCCUUCUACUCCUCCCAGGGCGAUGAGUGUGCAGAUGGCAUGGUCGGCAUUGUGAACCCUUCCAAAAAUAAGACCCUCAAUGACUACAAGGAACGCGCCUCGGAACUCAGCAUGGCGGUCACUCCCGGUCGCACUAUGUAUGGUGGCAAGCUCGUUGACUCUGACGAUGCCGAUUCAAAAGAUGAUGACAGCGACGACUCGUCAAAAAGCAACGAUAGCGAUAACGAUAGCGCUGCCCGAUUCCUCCAGUCAUGUCUCGGAAGGGCGCGGUCAAUGGCAACUGUCGUCGUCACGGAGGAGGCCGGCCCGGACUUCGGACCAAUUCAGGAAUACGACAGGCGUGUCGAGGCGGGGCAACUGCGCAACGACGAGCAUCAGAGGGGUAUCAUCCAAAACCUACAGAACCUCCACGAAGAAUUGCGCAACUACAACGCGCCCCCGAUUGUGCCCCCCGAUAUCGAUUCUCUAAAGCCUGUUAAAAAGUCCGUUUUUUCGUCCCUCUUCGGAAAAUCCAAAGCUGCCUCUGCAAUUGGCGAGAUUCCAGAGGGUCUUCCCCGAGGUCUCUAUCUGUAUGGCGAUGUUGGAAGCGGCAAGACUAUGUUGAUGGAUCUCUUCUAUGAUACCCUGCCCAAGUCAGUCAAAACGAAGAAGCGAAUUCACUUCAACAACUUUAUGCAAGAGGUCCAGUUGCAAUCACAUCGUAUCAAAAUGCAACACGACAACGAUAUUGACGCCAUACCAUUCAUCGCCGCCCAGAUCGCGAAGGAUGGAAAUGUACUGUGUUUCGACGAGUUUCAGUGCACAGAUGUAGGCACUGCCAUGAUCUUGAGAAGAUUACUAGAAGCGCUCAUGUCGCAUGGCGUAGUGGUGGUUACGACAUCAAACCGACACCCCGAUGACUUAUACAAGAAUGGCGUUCAGCGAGAAUUUUUCAUCCCUGCCAUUGAGCUUCUAAAGAACCGACUCCACGUUAUCAACCUUGACUCGCCUACCGACUACCGCAAGAUCGCUCGCCCACUCUCGGGCGUUUACCACACCGCUCUCGACAGCCAUGCUAACGAUCACGCCGAGAAGUGGUUUCGAUUCCUUGGCGAUCCUGAGCAGCCUGGACCGCGCUCCGAAGUCCAGACGGUCUGGGGCAGAGAGAUUUUUGUCCCAAGAGUUAGCGGGCGGGCCGCGUGGUUCACCUUUGACGAACUCAUCCGGCAACCAAAGGCAGCUGCCGAUUAUAUUGAGCUGGUCCGAGCCUACGACUCCUUUAUUGUGACGGAUAUUCCUGGAAUGACCCACCAGCAGCGCGACCUGGCACGCCGCUUCAUCUUGUUCAUCGACGCCGUGUACGAGGGCAAUGCUAAGCUGAUUCUUACCACGGAGAAGCCCCUCACAGAGCUCUUUGUCUCCCGAGAUGAGAUUGCCGAGAGUCUGAUGCAACAAGGCGUAAAAGAAGACUCGGCCCAUGACCUGGAACACAGCAUCGAUAAGCUGAAAGACUCUGACCUGUUUGUCGGAUCAGAAGAGGCUUUUGCAUUCGCUCGAGCCCUAAGUCGAUUGCGCCACAUGGAGAGCACAGAGUGGGUAGAAAGGGGUAUGGGCCUGGAGGAGAAGGGCGGAAAAGAGGAUAAGGACAACUGGAACAAGACCAGGAGUCGGCAGAUGGAGGAUUCAAUGUGA